UAUGAGCCAGAGGGAGGCAUUUGGAAUUACCGGGCGUUCCUGGAUCCGAUAAAGACGCGCUUAUCACGCAGCAGUUGUCAAAUCUAUAUGUACUUUACAUAAGUUAUAUUUAUAAAUAAAGAGCUAUUUGAAUACGUUUUAUCCAGGAGAUAGUUAUGGAAACUAGUAUAGGACAGGCCAUGAAUCCGGCACACACAGAAGAGAGCACGGUUUUCACGCAACCUGUGCGGCUGUCUGGAGCGGACGGCGCAGAUGACUCGUCCGUUUUUGAAGAAGUGAAACCCCGGGUGAGAAUUAGUCGACAUCUUAACCCGGUGGAGGUAGCUGACACCCAGUUGGAGAUGGAAAAGUUCCUCCCCCAGACCACAAGCAGUCUCCUCCAUCCUCCAUCCAUGGCCCACACAGACAAGAAGAACUGCGGAGAGAGCGCCUCAUUGGUGGACAAGUACUUCUCAGAGGAGAAGCACAACACAGCUCCCUACAGCAUCAACAUCAACCUCAUCCUCCCCAACACCACCCACCUCUGCACCGGCCUGAACCGGCCCAACAAGCCCCAGCAGCACCACCUGACCCAUCUCCUCCCGCACAUCAAGACAGAGCCUCGGUUGGACGUCCCAGUGUCCUGCUCCAUCCAGACCCUGCCUGACUUCAUGUCUGUCUUCAGCAUUCCCCAGACCGUCAACACUAUGUUUAUCAAACCCGAUAUGGCCACCAGCGGACACCCAGUUUCAGAUACCGAGCUGCAUAUUGGCCCCCAACAACUGCAGGUCUACCAGAUGCCCAUCCCCGUCAGCGGAGCUGACCUCACAAUGACACUCUCCCGCAGCAACCAAUCAGGGACCAGCGGAGCCGGCAACGGUAGAACCAUGCUCAACCUGAACAGUGUCUCCUUGACAACGGUGGGUCAUGGCGGUGGUGACUCGUUGUUUGCAAUGCCGGAGCAUUUCUACCACCACCACGCCAAGGUGUCGCCCCAGUCACAGCCCCACAGCCUACCUCCCUCACCCCCCAACUCGCAGCCGGGUAGUCCUGAGAACCAGGCUGAGCUGCUGACCACUCCACCGCCCUUCCAGGCCUCUAGCAGACUGGGGUUAAAGGUCACUCAGAUGUCCCACCACUCCAUGCGUAUGGCCCACGGACAAUGGGUGCUGACAGGACCCAGGUACAACCGACGGAACAACCCUGAGCUCGAGAAGAGACGGAUCCACUUCUGUGACUUUCCUGGCUGCUCAAAGGUUUACACAAAGAGCUCUCACUUGAAAGCACACCAAAGGACACACACAGGAGAGAAACCAUACUCUUGCAACUGGGAGGGCUGUGACUGGCGUUUCGCCCGCUCUGACGAGCUGACACGACACUAUCGUAAACACACGGGAGCCAAGCCCUUCAAGUGUGUAGCCUGCAGGCGCUGUUUCUCCCGGUCCGAUCACCUUGCCCUACACAUGAAGCGCCACCAGAACUAAACUCACGCGCACGCUACGACCACCUGAAAUGUCACCAGAACUAAACACGCACACAUACGUACAUGCACGUGAGCAUGUGCACCGGCAUAAACACCCAACCACCAACACAUCCACCCACACACAUGCUACGACCACCUGAAGCGUCACCAGAAGAGAGGGACACAUGACCACCAUCCUGAAGCCCCAGAAUGCAUUGCACUGCAUGAGGGCCAACACAAAGAUCAAAAUGUCUGCUCCUCCUUUCAAAGAAAUAGGGGACCAUGGACACCUGCCUCCAAUUGCUCCAUGUAUUAAUGCAUGCACAUUGUAUACCUGUCUGUCUGUAUAUACAGUUGAAGUUGGAAGUUUACAUACACUUAGGUCGUUUUUCAACCACUCCACAAAUUUCUUGUUAACAAACUAUAGUUUUGGCAAGUCGGUUAGGACAUCUA